CACAGCAUUCCCGCCAUAUUUGCUGUCAGUUGACAUAACCUCAAAAUUCUUCUUAUUCGAGAUGUUCAGGUCUGUGCUUCUACCUCGACACCUUUCGCGCCUUUUCCGCAUAAAUACACCAGCAAACAGAUGCUACAGCAAGCACGAUCCUAUCUACUUGGAUCUGCUGAAGCCCAAAUACCCUCAGUAUGAAGCUGUAAACUUUCGCCUUACCGGAUAUGACUUUCCCGUGCUCGAGAGCUACCAAAAAUUCGUUCACAAUACUGCAGAAUACAUGGGACUUGAGGUGGCUGAUUCAUGGGCAGUUCCUCCCAAGAAGCAGAAAGUGCAGAGAUUCAAACCCAAUGGAACAGUCAUAGACAGCGAAUACUCCCUCUCAGUCUAUGAAAGAAUUGUCCAAAUAGAAGAUUUAGAUGCCCCAGUCUAUCCAACUUUCCUGCGAAUCCUCCAAGCUGCCCUUCCGGAAGGUGUAACUCUGGAAGUUCUUGAGCACACGGAUGACCAAGAUGAAAUCCGAUUUGUCCCAGACAAUGAACUGCUAGAGCUAAAAGCACAGCUAGAAGACAUGAAAAAGCCCAAGAAAUAGAUGCAAAAGAUGUAUAAUAGUUUUUAUUAAAAAUACAACAUUCAAAAAAAAGUU